UAGGACCUGAUCGGUUCCUCAGUUCUGCUGCUUUUCCUCGUUAUUUAACCAACGUAUCACCUCGUUUUGUAUCAUAAUCAUGGCUCAGGUUGUGUGUUUGUUCCUGUUGCUGCUCUUCAGAGAGACUCUGGUUUCUGCAGCUCCGACUGGGAGCAGCUUCCUGCCAGAAACAGGCAGGUUCUGGCACAUUACUGACCUCCACCUGGACCCCACCUACCACCUGGCCCAGGACCCCACCAAGGUGUGCUUCUCCUCUAAAGGAGCCCCCGCCACCCACGCAGGGCUGUACGGAGACUUCCUGUGCGACUCCCCCUACAGCCUGAUCCAGUCAGCCUUUGCCAACAUGGCUCAGCUCACACAGCCACAGGACUUCAUCAUAUGGACCGGGGACAGUCCACCUCAUGUUCCUCCAGAUGAGCUUUCUACAGACUUGGUGAUCCAGGUGAUCAGCAACAUGACGCAGACCAUCACCAAACACUUCCCCAACCUGACUGUCUACCCCGCUGUGGGAAACCAUGACUACUGGCCCCAGGACCAGAUGCCAGACUCCCCUAACGCCAUCUACAAAGCAGCCGCUGCUCUCUGGAAGCCCUGGUUGGACGCUGAAGCUCUCUCCACUCUCUCACAAGGUGGUUUCUACUCUCAGCUGGUAAAACCUGGUCUGCGGUUGGUGAGUCUCAACACCAUCCUUUACUACGGUCCUGAUAAAGUUACAAGUAACAUGACAGACCCAGCUGGACAGUUUGAGUGGCUGGAGAAUGUUCUGCAGAAAGCAGCUCAGAGCCAAGAAAAGGUCUACAUCAUUGCCCACGUCCCGGUGGGAUACCUGCCCUUUGUCCGAAACGUCACCGCUAUCAGAGAGCGCCACAACGAGAGGCUGGUGUCCAUCUUCAGGAAGUACAGCCAUGUUGUUGCAGGACAGUUUUACGGCCACACCCACAGAGACAGCAUCAUGGUGCUGUUAGACGAACAGGGUGAACCAGUGAAUUCUCUGUUCGUGUCGCCGGCUGUUACGCCCAUCAAAAAUUUUUUAGAGCCGUAUUCCAACAACCCAGGUUUUCGCAUGUAUCUGUACAACAACGAGGACUUCAGUAUGAAGGAUAUCUGGCAGUACUACUUGAAUCUGACGGAGGCCAACGAGAAACAAAAGUCCGACUGGAGGCUGGAAUACGUCAUGACCGAGGCUUUUGGGCUGAAAGACCUGCAGCCAAAAAGUCUUCUUCAGCUGGGCCUGAGCUUCUUGCUGCCACAGGCUAAAGCGUUUGACCAGUACUUCAGCCACUUUAUGGUCAGCUACGAUAACAGGAUCACCUGUGAUGGAAGCUGUAAGGUCAACCAGGUGUGCGCUGUGCUUUACCUGGACCAGAAGUCCUACAACAAAUGUGCUGAUAGUGCUGCCUUUUAGCAAACUUUAUCCUCAGGAAACAGUCUUUAAGAUAUUUGAUAACUGCCGGAAUCAGAAGGGAAAUGUGAGCAUCUGCUUUCACUAAAACCAAUAUUUAACAAAUAAUUGGUUCUUAAGGUGGUAUUUGUUUG